GGAAGGGGUGGGCCUGCGUGCCUUACGUUGAUCCCGCCCCUGCGGGUCCGUCGUAGCAUCUGCUUCCGGUUCUCAGGCUGAUUUGGCGGUGAGGAAAACCUGCGCUGGCCGAGGCCUGUUGGCAGGGCCUUGCCGGAGAUGGACAGCCGGAUUCCUUAUGAUGACUACCCAGUGGUUUUCCUGCCUGCCUAUGAGAAUCCCCCAGCAUGGAUUCCUCCUCAUGAGAGAGUAUACCACCCAGACUACAACAAUGAGUUGACCCAAUUUCUGCCUCGAAUCGUCACACUAAAGAAGCCCCCUGGAGCUCAGUUGGGAUUUAACAUCCGAGGAGGAAAGGCCUCCCAGCUAGGCAUCUUCAUCUCCAAGGUGAUCCCAGACUCUGAUGCACAUCGAGCAGGACUUCAGGAAGGGGACCAAGUCCUAGCUGUAAAUGAUGUGGAUUUCCAAGAUAUUGAGCAUAGCAAGGCUGUUGAGAUCCUGAAGACAGCUCGUGAAAUCAGUAUGCGUGUCCGCUUCUUUCCCUACAAUUAUCAUCGCCAAAAAGAAAGGACUGUGCACUAGAGAGCUGCAACCCACAGCCCUUCACAUGAAAGCUUCUAGGACAAGCUGGGCAGGCCUCAGGGAAGCCACAUAGUCUCAGACAUUUCCGAGACUACCAUAGGACCCUGUUUUCCCUCCUCUCCCUCCUAUUCUCUCCUCCAAAAAGGAAAAUGCCAUGCUGAAGAAA